AUCGGAACUGAAACUGCGCCCCCCACUCCAAAGCACUUACCGCGCUGUGCCUGUAUUCUCUUCGAACGGGGAGUUUUCUUGACGUCCGACCCCGUGCGGCCGCAGGUGGCGCCCAGGGGGCAGUGCAGCGCGCCGGGAGCGGGCGCCGCCGCCUCCUCGUCGUCGUCGUCAGGGCCGCCCGGAUGCGCGUGCGCGGAGAAGCGGCCGCCGCUGCGCGCCCCCGCCGACUUCUCCAAGCACUGCGCGCCCGCCGCGCUGGCCGCCGCCGCCGCCGCCCCGGGCGCCGAGGACGACGCCGUCGACCUGGAGGAGGAGUGCUCGCGCUUCGUGCAGGGCGCCCUCGAGGCUCUUGCAACACUUCCUGAUCCAGAAGCACUUUUUAUGGACGACCCACUUGACUUUCCCGCUGCUGAAAAAGAGGGGAAGGACCAUGUCUGGGGAAUGGAUGAGUUUUCGAAUGAACCAUCUAGUACUGACACACAACGAACUCAUUUGUUUCAGUUUGAGGUGAGUCUAUUUUUGCAUACAGUAUGU